GUGCACGAGCUCUCCGCCUUCAUGCAGAAACGCGCCCACCGUGCCAGCGACGCGGUGGUCCAGGAGGUCCUGCGGCUCCUGCCGGAGGCUCUGAAAGGAGCUUCGGGCACAGGCCGCGCUGCAGAGAUACUCCGGGAGUGCCAGAUGAUCGGGGAGGCCAGCCGCAGACCCAGACAGGAGAAGGGCUCCCAACCUGAAGCGAGAGUGGAGCCGCGGCUUUCAGAAGAAGCAGCGCAGGCCCUGCUGGGCGCCGUGGAGUCCCCGCUCUUUGAGCCGACCUUGGUGGAGGCGCUGGCGUCGUCUGAGCUUCUGGAGAAGCUGAAGCCAUCCAAGAAACAGCUUCACGAGGCUCUGAAGUCCGAGUACCUCGUUUGGUGCCAGGACGCCGUGAAGCAAGGCGUCUUGGCAGCGACGAACUCCCGGCGGGCGGUAGAUGGCUUCAUGCAGGAGGUGUCUGCCCAGUCGGUGCAGGAGAUGGACAGACACCUGGCGGAAGUGAAAGCGGAGGGCGACAGCAAGAGAUUUGUGGCCGCUUGCCGCGACAGUGUGCGACAGACACUGCGGCGCGAGGUGAAGUCCUUCGAGGGAGAUCUUGAGCCUGGGAGCCCGGCCGCUUCCGCCACCGACCUGAAGCGGGGCUUUGCCAGUCGCCUGCGCCGCUUCACCACGUCCAUACACACGGAGCUGGACCGGGCGGAGGCAGAUCUGCAGGUGGCAGGCGGUCUUCUCGAAAAGGUGCGUGCCGACAAGCGUGGCGGAGGUCAGCAGAGAUAAGCUCUGCGCUUUCCUCAAUCGGCGUUCGAGCACGAGCACAGCGGGCUGAAAGCCGCUAGGCCGCUCCCAUCGAGUAGGCGCAGGCGGCUCCGGCCGCCAAGCAUGGCGGAGGUUCGCGAGCGCGGCGCACGCGGGCGGGCGGC